GGAAAAAUUAGAGAGAAUGUUAAAAAGUUCCUAGCAGUGUACUUGUGAAUCAGAGUCAUCCAUCUAUUUUCUUUGCCACUUAUCCUCACAAGGGUCACGGGGAGUGCUGGAGCCUAUCCCAGCUUUCAACGGGCAGGAGGCGGGGUAAACCCUGAACUGGUCGCCAGCCAAUCAAUCGCACGGCACACAGACAAACAGCCGCACUCACAAUCACACCUCGGGGCAAUUUAGAGUGUCCAAUUAAUGUUGCAUGUUGAUGGGAUGUGGGAGGAAACCGGAGUGCCCGGAGAAAAACCCACGCAGAACAUGCAAACUCCACACAGCGCGGGGCCAGGAUCGAACCCGGGUCCUCAGAACUGUGAGGCCAACGCAGUAGAUGUCAUAUUGCAAGUCGUGGACGUACAGAGUUGUGAUACAUUUUUAUCUCUCUUAUACUUGGUGUUAUAUUCUAUUAAAAAUGGUAUUAGAAAUUGUACUGAACUUUGUGCUUUGGAACUACAUCCGAAUUGGAUUGGAAUGAUCUGUAUGCAGAGGAUCGACAGGAAGCCAGUCGGCCAGUGAGACGGACAGAAAGACAGCUCCGGAGGUGACCGGGGAAUCCUGCUCCGCCUGAGCCGGCAGACAGAGCUUCGUCCUCGGCCAGUGCUCCUCCUCCAUCUCCUCCCACUGUCCCGGUUGCGCGCUGGGGGAUCCGACGACGUCACACACGCGCACGCACGACAAACCCGCGCACGCACUCGCAGGCAAGCGGGCAGGCAGGCAGGCAGGCAGGCAGGCAACACAGUCUCUAUCUGUCACUCCCUCUCGCCGCUGCUUCUAUUCUGGGAAGCGGCGCUCGGAAUAACCCCGUGUGAGCGUGCGCGUGUACGCGCGUCUCCGGAUUUCACCCCGGCACACGCACACGCUCGCAUUCGCCGUGCGGCUUGACUGCGGCGGCGGAGCUCCGGCAACCAGAAAUCCGCUCGGGAAGGACUUCUUCCGUUUUGACGCGCAAGUUUUCCUCCCCGAGGCGCGCGGCUUCUCGCCCGGAUUCCUCGCCGCCGCCUUCCGUCCUUUCUGCCCGUUCGUUCGUCCUCCGGAGCCAGGAAACCGAGAGGUGUCAAGCCCCGAAACGGGAGCCCGGUCGGACUCGCUAUCACCGCGGCGCCGGCGGCGGCGGCGGCGGCUCGUUGUCAUUCCCUCUCCGGCAGCAACUGGAACCUGAUUGUGUGUUUACUGGGCUGGACCACAGAACGACUAUCAGAUCAACCACGUUAGUGUCUGCCUUCCGAUGAAUUAACUGGACACAAAAUGAAAAAGGCAAAAUGGGAAGAGAUAUCUGAUGUGUUCUUCUAAAGUUCCCACUUUUUAUUCACACUUCCUGCUCAACAUUUUUUGCAAUGGCCACCGUCAAAUGUUGGGUUAACAUGGCCAACAGCUUUGGGACUCAGUAAGCCUCUAGGAGCCGUGUGCCCGUUGCCCUUCCCCUGCCUCCUUCCUGCUUCUCACAAAUGGAAGCUCACGAGUCUGCUGCCGGUGGCGGCGGCAGGCAGCAGUGCCCAAAUAAGGACCGGGCCAAGGAGAAGACACCUCUGCAAAGGAAGUGGGUGUCCGAGCCUUCCGCCACCACCAAGCGAAGCACUUUUGCCGAUCCGGCAGCAAGACACCGUGAAAGUUUGCUGUGUGUUGCCAACGUGGGAUCAGCACCCCAACACAACUACACCAUGACAGGAAAUUCUGGGAAGCUGCUAUCUGGACCUUCAGCAGUUGGGGCAGUAGGAGGCCCGCCACCAUCUCAAGACCCCCAGGGGCCUUUUGCUCAGGGUUUUCCUGGGGGGUACUCCUAUCAGCUGGGCCAACCGUACCCUCAGCAUCCACAGACUGAACGCUUCCACUCGGGAGCCAAACCUCAACCAGGACUUGAGGCACACGCAUGGCCCUUUGCCGGACAGUUGCCAUCGGACGAACUGUAUCCCGUGGGACACCCGGGACACACUCACCUCCACGGAGCAGGGUCAGGGAGGUUCCCCCGGCAAAAAUCUCCCAGUUUACCAAGCUCCUUUGGAUCGUAUUCCCAGACGGGCCCUGAUCCAGGAGACGAGGGCUACGGCAAGAAGGAGCAAAAACCCAAAAAGCCUGGAAAGUACAUUUGUUACUACUGUGGCCGAGCCUGCGCCAAGCCUAGCGUCCUGAAGAAGCACAUCCGCUCCCACACCGGCGAGAGGCCUUACCCAUGCGUGCCCUGCGGCUUUUCCUUCAAAACUAAGAGCAACCUUUACAAGCAUCGCAAGUCCCAUGCUCACGCUAUCAAAGCCGGACUAGUUCCCUUUUCAGACAUGGCUGUUUCCCGUGGGUGUGACAUGGAGCAGGCGUCCCUCGGGGGGGAAGCAGAUGUCCAAUCCGACGGCGAGCAAAGCACUGACACGGAUGAGGAAGGAGUGGAAGGAGCUACCAUUCUGACGGACAAAGAUGGAGCCAUCACGCAUAUCUCCUUUGAAGCUGACAAGAGUCCAGGUGGUGCAGAACCAGCAUAUGCAGAUGCAGCUGAGGAGCUACCAACAGGGUCCAUGAAAGUGCCUAUUUUGAUUGUUCCCAAGUCCAGAGGGAUUGAGUGUCCACCCUUUCAGGACAUAAAAGGUUCCCACCACAUGAUGACGUCAUUGGCCGGGAGAAAAGGGCGUUCACUGGACGAUAGCGCUUCUAUCAAACCACGUUUGGCUCUGAGAUUGACUGAAAAGAAAGGCCUGGAUUCGGAUUGUGCUGCAACGCAAUCUCUGAACCUCCUCAGUCCUCACAGCAAAGGCAGCACAGACUCUGGCUACUUUUCACGUUCUGAGAGUGCAGAGCAGCAAAUCAGCCCUCCCAACACAAACGUUAAAACGUAUGAGGAGAUCAUGUUUGGUCGGACCUGGUACUACCGACCCAACUCCAGAUCUAGGCAAUUUGUCACAGUCGCAAAGAUCUCUAAAGAUCAUAUCUGUUUACAGGGGGAUGUAGGAAUGUCGAGAGAUCCCAAACUGUAUCCAACCGGACCCAGUCAGAGCAGUACAGGACUUCUGGAGCCUCCGUCAGAUUCAGGGCCUCUUAUAAGGAGCAACUCCAUGCCAACAUCGUCUCCCCCAAUCCUCAGUGUGCCCCCCGGGAUCCGGGGCAGCCAUUCCUUUGACGAGAUGACGACAUCUGAUGAUGAUUUUUACCAGCCGGGAUUUCGUCGACUCCAAAGACAGGCGGCGAUUGAGCUUUUAGCCCAUGAAGCCCACACAGGAGAUCCUGAGGGGUCUGGACAGUUGCCCAAGAAUUUAACUUCAUCUGUCAGUAAGAAAUUCAGCGAACGCAGUCAAGGAGCCACAGAGUCCAUUACCUUUAGCCCAUAUGGUACUAAAGUUAGUAUGUCUGAGAUAGCCACUAGAAAAAGGAGAAAGGAGAAGAGUGUUGGGGAUGAGGAUGACAGUCCUGAUCACUACGACAGCAGCUGCAGUGGUUCAGUAGACAUGGCAGGAGAUUAUGUAAGUUUUGAAGGGUCCAGGGGCACACCAACAGGGAAGGGAUCUCUUCAGAGUGCUCAGAGUCAAUCAGACAGCUUUGAUACCUGUCCAAGCAUGUGUUCUGAGGAUAUAGCUCUGUUUACAGACUCAGAAUGCAGGAAGACAGCCGGAAACGUCAUAUCAGUCAUCCAACACACCAACUCCCUCAGCCGGCCAAAUUCCUUUGAGAAAUCUGAGUCCUUUGAGCAGUCGGGAUAUCAUCACUCUGCCCCAUCCAGCCAAUACUCGGAACAGUCAGACUCUGAUAUAUUUGAAGAUGCAUUGAGUCCAGAUUCAGCUCUGCUGAGAACUGAAAGUAUGGAUCAGCAGCUGCAGAGCGAUAGUGACCUAGCCUCCCACUCAUCUUCAUCGGCAGCAGCUUCACCUGGACAGCCGUACCAUAUCUCACACAAACUUGUGCGCCAGCCCAAUAUUCAAGUUCCCGAGAUCAGAGUGACAGAUGAGAAAGACACCGAAGCACCGAUGGCCAAGGAAGUGGAGAAGCAGCCGCCACAUGCAGAGGAGUUCCAGCUGCCACAGAGAAGUGACACACUCUCCCAGAUGCCCUCAGAGAAGCUUCCGCCAAAGAAGAAGAGGUUGCGCCUUGCAGACAUGGAGCACUCAUCUGGAGAGUCCAGUUUUGAGUCCACUUGCACCAGCCUGUCUCGUAGUCCGAGUCAGGAAAGCAAUCUGUCACAUUCCUCUUCCUUCUCAAUGUCUUUUGACAGAGAUGAAGCCCUCAAGGCAGUGUCACCCACCAAACAGGAGGACUUAGCCUCUGGUGGAGGAACUAAACCAUCUGAGUUCCUGACGGUGCCCAGCAGUGGUCAUUCCAGCCACCAGCAACAGAGGGAGAUGAGGAGGUCCUCGUCGGAACAAGCUCCAUACACGCUGCCCUCCGAGGUGACGGAAAUGCGCAGCAAGUCCUUUGACUAUGGGAGCUUGUCGUCAUCCAGACAAGGAGAGCUCUACACCAGCGCCUCCGCCAUGAAGGAGCGCCGCCGUGGCUUUCUUGUCCGACAGGCCUCCUUGAGUGUGUAUCCAGAGGCAGUUGCCCAGGAACCAGGAGGAUCUGAGCCGUCAAUCAAACAGGAGAGUGUGGAGCAAGGGGUGUGGCAUGGCCUGACAGGACCCCCACAUAGAACCAGCAAUGUAGCCUGCAGAACCCAAAGAGUCGGCAAAACUGUUGGCAUUGUAGGAGCUCACCAGCAACAUGUCCUCCAGCAGAGUAUCAGUGAAGACAGUCUUCAGGACGAACCUCAAUACGGAAGGUCUCUCCAGCAUCGCCUCCAGACCCAGGGCUCAUCAUCUGAGGGUGAACACCCAGGCCACGAGGUCCUAAACAGAGAAGUUGUCCAACAGCAUCCGAUUGUCCCUCCAUUCCUCUCUUACCAGCAGUCUGCUCUGUUUUGGAGUCAGGAGGUCAGUCAGGCUUCUAGACAACGACUGACCCUCCAGGCCCAGCAGCAACUCCAGAAGCUUCAUAUCCGAUCUCCAAAUAGUUUGUCUGGACACACGGGACGUCAAAAACAGAUAAUCCAAGAUCACCCAUCACGUAAUGGAAAAUCAGAUACUUCAAGUACUCUGAUGAACCCCACUGUAUUCCAAGAUCAAAAUCUCCCCUCUCUCUCAUAUAAACCGACAUCCAGCAUCACCGCUGUGCAGUUGCAGCAGAUCCAACCUAUCUUUGCUACCCAGAACCUGGCCCCCCACACCUCCCUCCCCAUGGUGGUUCCUGUACGUAUUCAAACCCACGUGCCAUCAUACAGUAGUGUGAUGUAUACCAGCGUUAGCCAGUUGGUAGCGCACAGUCCGAGAAGAGGCUUAGUCGGACAAAGCAGAGCCAACAUCAAUGAUGUGUCCUCACUCGAUGGCACUGUGAGUGGAAGAAGUCCAAGUGGAUCAGGAUUCAACCUAUCGCACUUCCUGGGACAGACAGCUGGAACGCUGUUGCGAUCGCCACACUGGAAGACUUCAGCUUCCAGCCCCAACACAGGAAUUCCUCUGUCACUCACGUCCAGUACCAUAUCCACCACCGAUGCCUCAGGGUCUGCCAUUGGAGGCAGCAAGAGGAUGCUUUCCCCCACCAGUUCCGUGGAGUUUUUCAUUGAGACUAAGCAGCAGAAGAGGGUAAAAGAAGAGAGGAUGUUUGGGCAGAUGGUGAAGGAAAUGAGCGCCGUGGAGCUGAGUGGAACUGACGGCAGCAUCAAGCUUGAAGACGGACACUGUUCAGACAAUUGCAAGAGGAUGUCUUCUUCUCCUCCCCUGGGAGAUUUCGCUGCUCCCAAUAAGAGUGUGAUUCCAGUCCGUUCUUCUGCUCACCACUGGCCCGAUGUCCCCCAGCUGGAGAGCUUCACCCCACCUCUCCAGAUCGUUACUGAAUCUUCACCUCUGUCGUGUGGCCAAGAUUCACCUGAGGAUCUUGAUUUGGACGAGUCCCACUCCAGCCCCCAGUCCAUGAUCUCCUCCAAUAAUGCCGAAGAUGUCACCAAGCAUCGCAUGGCCAGUCAAGUCCCAGAGAAUGUGCUGGUUCGGUUACCCACGGACCAAGGUCCAGGACUUUCUAGAGCACUGGGACAGACUAUGUUACUCACCGACGUGUCCGAUGCCCAAAACCUUUUCCAGUUCCCGAGCCUGCGCACCAACAGCAGGGUCAGUUGGUGUUUCCUUAACUACACCAAACCCAACAGCACUCAGGCUGACCCACGGAGCUCCAUCUACAGUUCCUGGUGCAUCAGUUCAUACAAUCCCAACCCUCUGAACCUUAGCACCAAGGCUGCGCUAGCCUUGCUAAGUUCCAAACAGCGGAAAAACACGGAUCUCCUGUAUGCCACGGCUGCCAUCGCACCCCCCAGCUCGGGUAAACUGGUGUCCUCCGUCACCUGGAAGCUCAGGUUUGAACAGCUGAAACCAGAAUUAAUGCCGGUUGACAUCAGCCAUUUUGGAAGGAAGGUGAAAGAUGUGGCCUUGUGGGAGCGUCCAAAGGAGGAGCAUGUGGAGAAAGACGUUUCAAUUAAACCGACCUCCACCGAGCCAACUCGCAUCAAGAUCUUCGAAGGCGGGUACAAGUCCAACGAAGACUACGUGUAUGUGCGUGGGCGCGGUCGGGGGAAGUACAUCUGCGAGGAGUGUGGCAUCCGCUGCAAGAAGCCCAGCAUGCUGAAGAAACACAUACGCACCCACACGGAUGUGCGGCCGUACGUCUGCAAGUUCUGCAACUUCGCCUUCAAGACCAAAGGGAAUCUGACGAAGCACAUGAAGUCUAAAGCUCACCUGAAGAAGUGUCUGGAGUUGGGCGUGUCCACAUCUUCGGUAGAAGACGGCGAGGCAGAUGACGCAGAUUUUGGGGAGGAAGGCGGUGCACGGUGUAAGGCCCUGGCUGAUCAUCAGUUCUCCGACGCCGAUGACUCGGAGGAAGAUGGCGACGAGGUGGACGAGGAAGACGACGAGGACGAGGAUUACGACGGCGACUCCACCCCUAGGACCUCGUCCCGCUCGGCCAGCCCGUGCGGCGUACCCAUCGCGGCGGCUGCCUCGUACCCCUCGCCUCCGCUCUUCAGCUACUUCACCACCGUGCCCAGCAUCCGCAUCACGGCACAGGCCACACCCGGCGAGAGGGCCCCGCUCGAGCCGGGGCGCCUUCCGGCUUUACCAUCCAUGGACGAUGACUUUCCCCGAGAUUUCCCGUUGCCGUCGUCCCGCCUCUCCUCUCCUGGACUGGACUACUCUGGCUGCCCAUCGCCCGUCUCGCCUUCUUCGUCCCCGUCGGCCUGUCAUUACCUCUCGCCCCAUCGCGACCACUCGCCCCGCGGCCCGUCGCCACGGCGGGACGCGUCUCCUCUGCGCCACCUUUCGCCCAAGCGGGAAAUGGGGGGACGUAGACGUGAGCUGUCCCCAAGGAGGGGGCACCUGUCACUCCUCUCCCCCUUGCCACGCCCCACCUCUCCCGGAAAGCGAGAUCUGUCGCCACGAGGACGCCACAAGGCCAUGAUACGCCCUAACUCUCCGCGACGUGGACUCCACCAGCACCUCCUCCUGCAGAGUCAGCAGGGCGGCUCGCGAGGCCUGAGGUCGGCGCACCUCGCCGGGCUGCUGAGUCAGGCGGAAUUCGGCCCUCGAGGACGUCGCAGGACCGCCGGCUCAGAAAUGGACACGGAAUGUGUACCAAAUUCCCCAGGAGGGCGAGAGCAGAGUGGUGACCAUGGUAACCACUCCGGUCCACCCCAUCAGGUCUUAUUCAGUCACCUCCCUCUUCAUUCACAACUGCAGGUGCGUUCUCCGUUCCCAAUGAUUCCCAUCGGAGGGAUCCAAAUGGUCCACGCGGUGCCCACGUCGCUCAGCACUCCUCUCGCCCAGCAGGGGGCGGAGCAGGCCCCGCCCCGCCUCCCGCUGGAGGAAGCUCCAACAGAGGACCGCGAGGCCUCUUCGCCUUUCGGGGGAGGACAAGGCGGUCGGACGCCACUGGGGUCAGAGGUCGUCGGCGUACGGGAACAGGAGGAGAACAUCCAAACGUGCACCAAAGCCAUCGCCUCGCUGCGCAUCGACCCCGAGGAAGACGCCGCGAGGAGGCGAGGGGGGCUGGACGGCGAGGGAGCCCCUCACUCCGAAGGACAACGUCGGCGCUCGCCGCCCUCGCCCGCGCCGCCUGGGCCUCAGCACUUUAGCGCCCCCCCGCAUAGCCCCUCUCCCGCAUCCUCGCCGACGUCCCGGUCGACCCCCGCGGACGCCUCGCAAAGCACAAAGACGAGCAAAGACGUGUCAUAGACGUGCAACUACACGACUUUUUGCACAAUGUACUUUUUCUCUUUCAUUCUGGAAUUAUGGACACACACACACGCAUGUACUGUAUACACACACAAUUCAUGUUGGGAGACAUUCUUAUUUAAAGACAUUUGAGAGAAAGAGAGAGUGUGUGUCUGGGCGUGUGUGCGAGUGGGGGCAGUUUCAAGGCAGUCAAAUGGUACUUUAAUAAUUACAACAAUAAUAAUACUGAAAAUAAAAGAAUAGUAAUGGGAUACGUGUGCCUUUGCUGGGUGCUUCUGUUCUUUUCAGCAGUCACCUGAUCAACUUCAAGCCCCGCCCCCCACUUUUUCUGGGGGGAUUGACACCUUACUGUCUGGAAAAGCGAUGUGAAGUGAUGAAUUAUGAUGAUUAUGAUUUACAGUUGCACUAAAACAUAUUUUUAUAGCAGUGAAAAAGUUUUUUUGUGUACAGCAGCAGCAGUUGAAUAAUACUAUUUAUUAUGAUGAUGAUGAAUAUUGUUACCAUGUUUGAUAAAUUGUGCAUUUUUUUUUUAUUUCUUAUUUCUGUCGUGGACAAAUUUUUUCUAUGUCAGCAUGGUUUUAUUACUUACAUCAGCUAUACAUAAUAUUCAUGACAUAAGGAUGUGUCAAUAUUUUGCCUGCAUAUUGAUUAAUACUGUAUAUAAUCUCAACAUUACCAUAUGUUUGAAUUGUCCUUUUGAGUCCUUAGCUUCUACACUUUCUCACUGCUCUUCUUUGUGUGAUAUUUUCCCCAAAUUUUCCUUGUAGUGUUUUAACAUUAACUAAAUUGAGCACCCCCCACCCCAUCUAUGUCCUAUAAGUGACUACUAAAUAUUAAACAUCUUUCUACUUAUCCUUAAACACUCCCAUAUACCUAUAAUCCAUAAAAUGAAAAGAAAUAUAUCUUGUAAAUUAGGCUGCGACAACGAGGCGCUUGAAAGUGGACAAUUCACCCCGAAACCGCGACAAUGAGGCGCUCGAAAGUGGACAAUUCAGCACAAAGCCCCUGUUCACAUACUGGCUGUGAAGUCAGACCUAGGGGGGCGGGGAGGAUACACUCUCUCUUCUAUCUUUUCUCCGUGACAUGCAUACACUCAUGUCGAACAAUGAGGCACUCUAAAGCGGCUCCACCGGUGGACUAUCUGAGUGGAAAUAUGCAUUUUCAGGGUGUUAGGCAUACUUACAGCAGAUAACUAGCUAACUAAAACGACACCGUUGGGCUGGACAACCACUUAUCUGGACAAAAGUACUCAGAUAUUAUAUAGUAGAGGAGAGGAUGCCACACCCCAAAAUGUGUCACCUGUUGCCAUUUUACCUACACACCCCCUAAAAAUCAGUAAAACUGAAAUGGUGAAAAACAAUUAAACACUACACCUCCAGAAUUGAGUACAGUACUGCAUUAGUCGGUUUUGUUUGACAUUUCCAGCAAUUAUCUUCACACUCGUAUAAUGGAUCUAGAAAAAAAUAUUAAAUUCCCUUUACAGGGUCUUACAUUUUCACCACUAAAACCUUAAAGCCUAGAUACACUCCAAAAAACCUCCCUACUCAUUAAGACCCCCUUCCCCAACUACAUCCCAUAAAUCCCCCUUCUUCAUGCAUCCGAACCUCCUCUAUGACAACAAUGAUGUGAGCUACAAUUGACCAGACUUAGCAAUUUUUCAAGAUACAAGCCACUGUUUGUUUGUUGUUUUUUUUUUUUUCACUUUGACGUUAGCAAAAUGUGAGAUACAAGCGCUACAUGGUGACAGGGAACUCAACUCACUUCUCAACAGGCAGAAUUUUGGCAGGUAGUGAACAAUUCUUCAUAAAACAAUCUUCAGUCUAUUCAAUGUUACUCCCAGUUGUCGGACUAAACAAAGAGCAAAGCCAAGUUACAAUUCUUGUUUUUAAAACAACCACGUAGCUUUACAUCUGUUAGCUGGUUGCUAACACAAAGUGGAAAACACCGUAGACAACCACACGAUCUACGUGGCAGUGUUAACACUUUAAGUAACGAAUAUUUGAACACAAAUGGUACAAAAAUCCAUAGACAGACGAUAAAACAAUACUAACAGGCAAAUAUUCUUUAGCCUCUGUGAAGAACGACUAAUAUAACAGCCGCUAACUGAGUCACAGUAUUUGUGAAACUCUUCCCCGUUUCUGUCUGGAUGACUGUAUUAUGCUACCACCUAGUGGCCAAUUUGCACACAACAGAAGGAGCUGUGAUGAAUUAAUCGUGAUGCACAAACAAUUGAAUUCUUUACAUUCUAUUUCAUUAUGUUUUUAGAGUACAAUAUGGUAGGUAAUAGUAGUUAAGUAUAAAAUUGUAAGUACAAUAUCAUGGAGUGCUGUUUACCUUGUUAAGGAGACAUAUCAAAAUUUGUAUUGUUUUUUUUUAGCAAGUUGGAACAGAUUAAUGGCCUUUGAAUGAUUUUCAAUGGGGGAAGAUUAUUUGAGAUACAAGUGCUUUGACUUAUCACCGUGGACAUGGAACAAAUGUAGCUCGUAUCCCAAGGGCACAACUGUAAACAUCAAACGUUACCCUCCUCCCGUCCGCCACCAGGUCGCCAUUCUCACAACAUUCCAAGCCAUGCCAUCGUCCGACUAUGCCCUGCAGCGGCGGGCGCAUCAUGGCAUCAAUGCACUCUUGUCGCCAUGGCAACACAGCCAUCCAGCCUCCUGCUUUUGACUCUUUUCUAUCUCCAUUUAAAAACAAUAACAUAAAAAAACUUGUCAGUCUAUUUUCUAUACCGCUUAUCCCCACUAGGGUCACUUUGGGCGAGAGGUGAGGUACAUCCUCAACUGCAUUCAACAAAAUGUGUAAAAUAAAAUAAAAACGAUUGGCCUUGAAAAGAAAAUCAUUUGUAACUCGAAUCUGCAAAAAUAAGUGUAUAAAUGUACAUAUAAAGUACAGUAUACAUAUGCUUAUUACAUAUAUAUACAUGUAGUGUACAUGAGGGUGUGUGUGUGUGUGUGUGUGUGUGUG